CCCGCCUCGCGGCGCCGCAGGCACCUGCGUCCAAGCGAGUCACGUGACCCGGUCUUUCCCCCACCCACGGAAGAGCCCGGUUUCUGUCAGGUGGUGCUGCUGCGAGAUCCCCCCCACCCACGCCGGGGGUGAGCAUGGAUUCACACAAUUCAACCAAAGAAGCUGAUAAAGUGGAGACUGAUUCUCUUGUCUAUGUUGGUAGAGAAGAAGACAUAAAAAGAUCCCAAAGGGUAAUAGCCAGCAUGAAUGGUAGAGAAGUUGUUGUUUUCUACUAUGAAAAGAAAUUUUAUGCCCUGGACUCUCGCUGUUAUCAUGCAGGAGGUCCUUUACAACUCGCUGAUAUAGAGGAUAUCAAUGGACAGCCAUGUAUUAUUUGUCCCUGGCAUAAAUAUAAAAUUACCUUGGCAACAGGAGAAGGAUUGUAUCAAGCAAUUGACCCUACGGAGCCAUCAGCCACACCAAAAUGGAAAUCCAAAGGAGUAAAGCAAAGAAUUCAUAGGGUUAUUGUAGACAAUGGAAAUGUUUAUGUGACUCCUCCUGACUUAUCUGUCAGUUUUGACUCUGAUUUCUAUGCAGACAAAUUAAAAAAGACUGGAGGGUCCAUUGAGAAAAAAUAAUAGAACACCCAACAUCAACAUUUAUGGCCAAAACGCAAACACUAACGAAUACUCAGUGAAGGCAUCACAAUUACAAGAUGAAGAAAAAUUGUAUGCAGUUAUGUAAACUAUUUUUAGAUGUUGAUAUAAAAUGAAAUGUCACUGUUAAUUUUAUUGCUCUGAAAACAUUCAGGAACAUAGAAAUGUGUAACAUCAUAAGGAUAUAUCUGUGAGUCUCUAAUAUGUAAAUCACCAUUAUGACAGUUUAUUUUUGUUCUUGCCUUGCACAAAAUAUAAAUGUAGUGUGUGUGUAUAUAUUAGAUCUGUCUGUA